UGUGGCAAUAUUUCUUGUCGCAGUCGAGUGAGUCGAGAAGAGAAUCUCAAGUAAUCUUUUCAUGGCAGUGUGAGCAAGUGGAUGUACGUUCGUAUCACUCUCGAAAUCGUUCAAAAUCUGCCAAAGUUUCAGCAUUUACGAAGCCGGCUGCGCCGCUUGUCAAUUGAACUGUAAAAGAAAAUGGCAGCAAAGGCAAUUCGCGAAGCGACUGGGAAAGAUUUAAUUAAUCGUAAGCUUUCUUUUGGAACAAAAGCAGUGAAAUGUAGAUUUGUACCUAUUACGGAAGAUAUGAAUUGGAUCGAUAUCGCCAAUGAAUAUCCGUGGCUUAAGACGGAGAAAUUAGUCGUAAAACCGGAUCAAUUAAUCAAGCGUCGAGGAAAGCUCGGAUUAAUUAAAGUGAACGCAGAUUUACCUACUGUACAAAAAUGGGUUGAGCAACGUAUGAAUAAGGAGCAACGCGUCGGCAAGGCGACUGGAAAAUUAAAAACAUUCAUAAUUGAACCAUUUGUACCGCACAAACCGGAAGAGGAAGUUUAUAUUUGUAUUUAUUCUCAUCGCAAAGCUGACACGAUACUAUUUCAUCAUCAAGGAGGUGUCGAUAUUGGAGAUGUUGAUGCUAAAGCUUUGAAAUUAGACAUACCAGUUGGCAGCGAGUUGCCCGAUCGAUCUACAUUGAUUAAUAAACUUCUGAUUAAUGUGACGGAUGAUAAAAAAGUGAUGAUUGCUGAAUUCAUAGAAUCUCUUUAUAAGCUUUAUGUUAAUUUAUAUUUCACAUACAUGGAGAUCAAUCCGUUGGUAGUAACGGAUUCCGCGAUCUAUAUACUUGAUCUCGCAGCCAAGCUAGAUACUACGGCAGAUUUCAUAUGUAAACCGGAUUGGGGUGAAAUCGAUUAUCCACCGCCAUUUGGAAGGGAUGCUUAUCCAGAGGAAGCCUAUAUAGCUGAUUUGGAUGCUAAAUCGGGCGCCAGUUUAAAAUUGACGAUUCUUAAUCCAAACGGCCGCAUAUGGACAAUGGUUGCUGGUGGUGGUGCGUCUGUAAUAUAUUCGGACACAAUUUGCGAUUUGGGUGCAGCGGAUGAAUUGGCCAAUUACGGUGAAUAUUCAGGUGCCCCUAGCGAACAACAAACUUACGAAUACGCAAAAACCAUCCUGAGUUUGAUGACGAAGACAAAGCAUCAUGAUGGAAAAGUACUCAUUAUAGGAGGUGGAAUUGCUAACUUUACAAAUGUAGCUGCAACAUUUAAAGGCAUUGUUAAGGCCCUCCAGGAAUAUCAGCCUAAACUAGUAGAGCAUGAUAUAAGAAUUUUUGUAAGAAGAGCCGGACCUAAUUUUCAAGAAGGUUUAAGGAUAAUACGGGAAGUUGGUAGACGGCUAGGGAUUCCCGUUCAUGUAUUCGGUCCCGAGACGCAUAUGACAGCUAUAUGUGCUAUGGCGUUAGGAAAGAAACCGAUCCCCGAUCCAGAAGCUCAAGAAUUCUCAACCGCAAACUUUCUCUUGCCUUCCGGACAAGAUGUUGGACCACCAUCUUCACCGCCCAAGAAUAAAUUGCCAUUAGAGCAACCUAAACUAAAAACUAUCGAUGUAGUAGAUUCGGACAGCGGUGACAAACAACUUUUCAGCAAUAAAACUAGAUCUAUCAUCUGGGGUAUGCAAACAAGGGCUGUACAGAGUAUGUUGGAUUUCGAUUUUGUUUGUCGAAGAUGCGAGCCAUCUGUCGCUGCUAUUGUUUAUCCGUUCACUGGUGAUCACAAGCAAAAAUUUUAUUGGGGCCAUAAAGAGGUUCUUAUCCCUGUCUAUAAACAAAUGAAAGACGCUAUGGCUAAGCAUACAGAUGCGGAUGUAAUGGUCACAUUUGCCUCUCUAAGAUCUGCUUAUGAAAGCACUAUGGAAACAUUACAAUUUCCGCAAAUCAGAACAAUUGCAAUAAUCGCGGAAGGUAUACCUGAAAAUAUGACUAGAAAAAUGAUCUUAGCGGCGCAACGAAGAAACGUAACUAUAAUCGGACCGGCUACUGUGGGAGGUGUAAAACCGGGAUGCUUUAAGAUUGGUAAUACUGGUGGAAUGAUGGACAAUAUUCUGCAUAGCAAAUUGUAUAGACCUGGCAGCGUCGCUUAUGUUUCUCGUUCCGGUGGCAUGUCAAACGAGUUAAAUAACAUUAUCUCAAAGGCUUCCAACGGUGUACUGGAGGGUGUCGCUAUCGGUGGAGAUCGAUAUCCGGGAACUACCUUUAUGGAUCACAUAAUGCGUUAUCAAAAUAAUCCAGAUGCGGCGCUCAUCGUAUUGCUUGGAGAAGUCGGCGGCAUCGAGGAAUAUGAAGUAUGUGAAGCAUUGAAAAGCGGUAGGAUCAACAAGCCAUUGGUGGCCUGGUGCAUCGGUACCUGUGCCAGUAUGUUCAAUUCUGAAGUGCAAUUUGGUCAUGCUGGCUCGAUCGCGCAUUCCAAUCUUGAAACAGCUUCUGCGAAAAAUGCAGCGCUAAAGGCCGCUGGUGCAUACGUCCCGGAUAGCUUCGAUACUCUCGGCGAUCUCAUACAAAACGUUUAUGAAAAACUGGUGAAAGACGGCACCGUUGUGCCGAAACCCGAAGUUCCACCGCCAACAGUACCAAUGGAUUAUAAUUGGGCUAGGGAACUUGGUUUAAUACGUAAACCUGCAUCAUUCAUGACAUCUAUUUGCGACGAACGUGGGCAGGAAUUAUUGUAUGCCGGUAUGCCUGUAACUGAGGUGCUGAAACAAAACGUGGGCAUUGGCGGUGUCGUGUCACUUUUGUGGUUUCAGCGUUGCUUACCCUCAACCUACUGUAAGUUUCUCGAAAUGUCGUUGAUGUUGACAGCUGAUCACGGUCCAGCUGUUUCCGGGGCUCACAAUACCAUCGUUUGCGCACGCGCUGGAAAAGAUUUGGUCAGCUCUCUCGUUUCUGGACUUUUGACAAUUGGUGAUCGUUUCGGUGGUGCCUUAGAUGGCGCGGCUCGCAUGUUUUCCGAGGCAUACGAUGCCGGUCUACAUCCGCAAGAAUUUGUAAAUAACACGCGUAAAAAGGGCAAGCUAAUUAUGGGUAUCGGUCAUCGUGUUAAAUCGAUUAAUAAUCCUGAUAUGCGCGUUAAGCUCAUUAAGGAAUUUGUGUUGGAGAAUUUUCCGGCCAAACCUUUAGUCGAAUAUGCCUUGGAGGUUGAGAAAAUAACGACUAGCAAGAAGCCUAAUUUAAUUCUUAAUGUAGAUGGAAUUAUCGCCAGCGCCUUCGUCGAUAUGUUACGAAACAGUGGUAGUUUUACGAGAGAAGAGGCGCAAGAAUAUAUUGAAAUAGGUGCCAUAAAUAGCCUUUUCGUCCUUGGUCGAAGUAUAGGAUUUAUCGGUCAUUAUAUGGACCAGAAGAGAUUAAAGCAAGGCCUUUAUCGUCAUCCGUGGGAUGAUAUUUCUUAUGUAUUACCUGAACAAUAUAAUUGAAAAUUAUGAAACGCGUGCGCAAUGUAUAGCGCUUAAUGUCUCAUUGUUAAUCGUUUAGUUCGAAAACCGUCUUAAAUAUAAAUGAGUUGAGAUAUAGAAGAACAUUAAUUGUCGAUCUAUCGUCGUGAUCGAUUAAUCAAUCAAUUGUCAAUUGAGAUCAAUAUGCACGAAAUUAGAUUACACAUCACACAGUGCACCGAAAAACACUAUAUACCGUCAUUUUUUAAAAAUAAAAUUUCUUCUCAAUUUAAA